AAUGAAAGCCGUCGAUUAGUCGACAACCUAUGGCGCGCACUGGGCAUCGACCCGACCAUUACGCCCAACCACCUAACACUCGGUGAGAUAGGUUUGGAGUCCAUGUUUGCCAUCGAAAUACAGCAACUAUUAGCCAAACAGUGGAACGUCAACCUGACUCUCAACCAAUUGAAAACCGUAACCAUUGGUAUGUUUAAGGAGUACGAGGCGGGCAAUGAGACUGCUAUACGACAACACCUGGAUGAAAUUAAAUGGUUUCGUAGCUCUACGUUGAAACAAAAGUUUGUGAUUCCUGUCGAUAAGUAUAUUCGACUGAAUGAUAAGACGGUCGGACGGCCCGUGUAUUUGAUGCCAACACUAUUCCUCAACUUUUCACUCUUUGAAACGUUGGCCCAAAGGCUUAAUCGACCGGUGAUUGGCCUCACCUGGACCCGGGAGGUGAGCGCACUAACAGACAGUGUACAGGUGCGCCAGUACUACUCCGACCUACUGGACCAACUGGCCCCUAAUGGUCAGUACGAUGUGGUGGGCUAUUUCGAUACGGCAUCCCUCUGUUCGGAGUUAGUGCUGAAUGGGAGGGCAGUUAAGGGGGUAAUCGUCGAGCAAUUGGGUGAACACGUGAUCGACGAGCAGAGGAGCGAUGACUCUAUGAUUGAGGCAGUUAAGGGGGUAAUCGUCGAGCAAUUGGGUGAACACGUGAUCGACGAGCAGAGGAGCGAUGACUUUAUGAUUGAGUUUAUGCUGAGAAUGAUCUCCAAUGAGAUACCAAACGCCGUUCGCGAGCAUAUUGUAAGGGCGAUGAAAAUUGUGCCUGAUAGAAAAGCCAAAAUAUCCACCUUGGUCACACAUAUCAUAAAUCUCUCCAACAAAGGCCUCAUUUCAUCGGACUUAGAGGAGAUCUUUCACAUAAUGUUUGUCCGGAUGUCAAUGUUUUUGGACGAUAUGUCGCAUAAGAUUCGCGCGUUUAGGUCGGCAUUCAAGUCGAAUAUCGCCGAAAAGUGGACCAAAAUAUCGGGCAAACUGACAAUUAUCCUGGUGAAUUUUGCACACGAUAUAGACGAUAUGAUUGAUAGAACUCUAGAGAGAUAUUCAUUGCCUGACACCAAGAUGAGCAAGCAGUUGAUCUAUUGUGUAUUUGCCGUCAUACUGAUGAGCACCCUGGUCAGUGGCAAUUGUUCUGAUCGAUGGAUUCAUUGCACUAAAAAUGGCAAAGAGUUGGGCACAAUGUGUGAGAACACCUGCUUCCGGUCGGCCCAUGUUAGAUGCGAACCGUGCGAUAAAUACGAUUACCUUGCUAAAUGCAGAAGUCAUGGCUUUGAUGCCGAUGGUUACUGGAUGCCCACCCACGGAACGGUCUGCCGAUGAACACCCCGUCGAGUUCACUCAAAUGUUUAUUUAGUAAUUUUACUUUUGUUUAUUGGCCAAUAAAAUUAACUUGAGCAUUUGAAAAUUA